CGAUUUCAGUGGCUGUUAGUAAUUGGCAAUAAAUAAUUGCACAAUUGAUACAUAAUCUACGAGAAGAAUCUAUUCUUGUCAUUUGAAUUUAGUUCCGAUUCGAUUUUUCGUCAUAAUUUUGUGAAUAUUGGCCGUUUAAGAUUUAGCUAUAAAAGAAUAUUUCUUCUAUUGUCUAUGGAUUUAACGCUUGAUAAAUAUGAGAUAACAGUCUAUUAAUAGUGAUAAUAAUAUUUAAAAAAAAAAUAAAUAUCAAACUUUCGUCUAGGACUUCUAAUAAUGAAUAACGAGAAUUUAUUCUGUGGACGAGACAAAAACCAUUCGAACCAUGGUUUUGCUUCUUGAUGAAAGAGACGUGUCAAGUGUUUGUCCGUGCGUAGUAGUGAAAUAAUGGAGAAACGAGUGAUAUUAUUCCCUAAACCGUUGUUGGAAACUAGUGACAUCACGGUUGAACUAUUAGGAUUUGACAAGCUUAUAGAGAACGUGAGGUACUACUUUAUACUUCCAAAUUAUUUAGAGAAUGUGAACAAUGAAGAAUGUGAAAUGCAGACGAUUGGCCACUUUACAAGAACUAAUUGUCAGACCUGUGUUGAACACAAAGAGCCAAAUGUUUUGUGUAUAACUAAAAUCAAUGGGAAUCUAAACGCUAGUUUAUUUCCUGGACUGCUUGAAAAUGUUGUGCUUGUCAUCUACGAACCCUCAAGGUUGUACGACUAUGGGACUUUUCUCACGUACGAAGGUGAUUCACAAUUUAUUUGUUUCACAAUUCUGGCCAAAUGGUUGUGCAGUAUUAAAGAUGAGCAGGAACACAAUCAUGUAUCAAAAAUCAUAGUGUUUCAAAGGUUCAUCAAGUAUUUAUUGAUCAUACUUAAUGUACUUAUCAACAGUUUUGAAACAGAUGUUAUGCAGUUGACAUUAUUAAGACUGAUGUUUUUCAAGCAUAUACUAGGUGUUCUCAAGAACUAUCUGUGGAUCAUAGAGAGUCUUGUACAUAAUAAACAUACUUUGUCGAAAGCAAAAGCAAUUAAUUAUUUAAUGUCAUGUAUUUGUGAUGCUCUUUUUGGAAUAACCUUUCUGUACUUACUCAAUAUUACUUUUGUGUCUUCCAAUGAACUGUUUUCUUAUAUUUCAAGUAUUUCACAUGAAGUGAUCAAAGUGCUCCAGGGCAUAUUGCAAUGGCUUAUGGGAAGUCCAGCUGGUUUAAAACUUAAUGACCCUUUGAACAGUUUGCUUGGAACAUGUUUUUUAUAUUUAGUCAACCUUUGGUGGUCAUUUUUAGUAAUUUGCCGUCCAUUUUUAGAAUUAACAUUCCAAGUUUAUGUGUUCAUUGGAGUAUUUGGAUUAUCGUACCAAAUAGCAAUUUUAGAAGAUGUAUUGAUGGUAGUCAGUUUUCAUGUUCAUUGUAUUUACACAUAUGCAGCAUGGUUGUACAAUUUACAACGUACGAGUCUUUUAAUACUCGCAAAACUUUUCAUUGGACGAAGUUGUAAUCCACAACCAGGUAGAAGUAUGUCGUAUACCACGCAACAAUUGUACGUCGGAACUAUGUCGUUCGCAAUAUUAUUGUUCCUGUUGCCGACCACUUUGAUUUAUUAUAUCGUGUUUGUAGUAAUGCGAAUAAUAAUUGUCAUGACCAGAGGAAUAUUAAUCCGACUUAGAUAUGUGUUACAAAUUCUUCCUGUGUACACAACUUUGAUGUGGUUUGUCAAAUCGUGCAGUUCCAGCGGUAUAAUAAAAAUGAACAUUGUUAGCAAUACAAACUCUAACACUGUCGUGUUGAAUAUGACUGUUGUGGCUGAUUCGUGGUGGGCCACAAUUAAGCAUUAUCUCCCGGAUUCAGUAAAACGACCAUCAACAGUGUCUUGGCUGGCAUUAACAAAACGUAUGUGUACUGGAAAAAUAAUUAAUCCCAUUUAGAUCACACGCGUACAUAUUUAAUUUUCAAAUAAAAAUUAUGAAUCAUUGCAUACAAAUUGAUCAUCAAACAAAUUUUUAUUGUUCUCGAUAUUGAUAAGAAUCAAAGUUAGUAUUUGUAUUUGAUUUCCUUAAUUGUCAAUAUUAUGUGCUAAAUAAAUUGAUUCCAUUCAUUAACAUAUAA